ACAGCACUACGUCUAGACGGGAUCAGAGAAGCACAUCGCAAGACGGCACCAACCCAGCAAUCUUGUAGCCUUGCGAUUCCAUCUCUCAGCUCCAUCCACCUCCGCUGCCUGCCUUUGCUCUCUCUCUCUCUUUCUCUCUCUCUGCACUUCACUACUUCAGGAGUGCAAGUUCGCAUCUGCCAAUCCAUGGAGAAGGCCGCCUCCUUCCUCUCCUCCCUCCUCGGCGGCGGCGGGGGCGUCUCAGCGGAGCCGGCGGCGACCGUGAAGUCUAUCCUCAUAUACCCCAUCAAGUCCUGCAGGGGCAUCGCCGUGCCCCAGGCCCCCAUCACCGCCACUGGGUUUCGGUGGGAUCGGCAGUGGGUGGUGGUGAACUCCAAAGGGAGAGCCUACACCCAGAGGGUCGAGCCCAUGCUCGCGCUCGUCGAAGUGGAGUUGCCGCCGGAGGCCUUCGCCGAGGACUGGCACCCCACGCCCGACGCUCACAUGGUUAUCAGAGCACCUGGAAUGUACCCAUUGAAGAUCCCUCUUGCCGUGGAACGCGCCACAAUUGAUGAUGUCUCUGUGUGGGAGUGGUCUGGCUCUGCAUAUGACGAAGGAUCUGAAGCAGCUGAAUGGUUUUCCACUUACUUUGGAAAACCAAGUCGACUAGUGCGCUUUAAAGAAGUAUCGGAAAUCAGGCCGACCGAUCCUGACUAUGCUCAAGGUUACAAAAUCAUGUUUUCCGAUUGCUUCCCUUUUCUGAUAGCCUCCCAGGGCUCACUGGAUGCACUAAAUGAGAUUCUUAAAGAACCUGUACCGUUGAACCGCUUCAGACCAAAUAUUUUAGUGGAUGGAUGCCACCCAUACUCGGAGGAUCUGUGGAAAACCAUAAAGAUAAACAACCUAACAUUUCUUGGUGUGAAGUUAUGCAACCGUUGCAAGGUGCCAACCAUUAAUCAAGAAAAUGGAAUACCUGGCACCGAACCAACUGAAACUCUGCUGACAUUUCGGUCCGAUGAAGCGCUGCGUCCAAGCCACAAAAAUAAACGGCAGGUGUACUUUGGGCAGAAUUUGGUCUGCAAGGAAUCUCUGACAGCGAAGGGCAAAGGAAAUAUCAUCAAGGUUGGCGAUCCAGUUUAUGUUCUGCAGGCAUUCGCUUCUUCUAAUGAAGCCCCAGCCUGAUUCAGGGCUAAAAGUAGCAACUGUGUUUUUCAGUUUCCUGUGUGCAAGAGACUACGAGGUAGCCUGUCUGUAAACCUAGGCAGCAUCAAAACGUGAGAAGUGCGUUUGUCAUGUGCCCCAGACAAACAAAAUCAUCUGGCUGUUAAAACUGUUGAUGAUGCAAUAAAGUAUCGGUUAGAUGUGCCUUCACCUGA